AGAACAACUAGUACUUUGCUAAAUGGAGGAAACAUCCCAUAUAGAGUUCUUCCUGGGAGAAAGUUUACAUACUGUGGAACCAAAAGACGUUACACCGGAAACAUCUCUAAAUACAUAUUUAAGGGACAAAAUACAUUUAACCGGUACCAAAAGAUGCUGUUUGGAGGGGGGGUGUGGGGCAUGUGUUGUCGCAGUCGAGCAUACCGAUCCAAUAUCAGGAAUAACAAAAUUUUUUGCAGUUAAUUCGUGUUUGGUAUCAAUUUUCUCUUGUCACCAAUGGAAAAUCCACACCAUAGAAGGCAUCGGUGGCCCUUUGACGGAUUACCACCCUCUGCAAAAAAAAUUAGCGGAAGGACAUGGAAGCCAGUGCGGAUAUUGCUCGGGAGGAAUGGUGAUGAACAUGUUUGCUUUGAUGAAGGAAAAAGGAAAACUUUCAGAGACCGAAAUCGAGAAUUCCUUCGGAGGUAAUACUUGUAGAUGCACCGGAUACAGACCGAUAUUAGAGAGCUUUAAAAGUUUGGCUUUGACCGAUAUUGAAGAUUUGGAAGUUUGUAAAAAAGAUUGUGAUAGCGAAUGUAAAACGGUUUGCACGAAAAAACUAGUUUAUAAAGAUGGGAACUCUAGCUGGACAAAGUUAUACAAAAUCAAAGAUUUGAUGGAAAUUUUGGGAAGUAUUCAGGAUAGUUACAUGUUAGUUAGUGGAAAUACAUCCAAAGGGGUUUACAGGCCGAUUUCCACACCAAAAAAGUACAUUGACGUAUCAAGCAUAGCUGAAUUAUUAAACUGGACUUUAACAGACAACUCAUUAAGUCUGGGAGCAAAUGUAUCCUUAUCAGAAACCAUGAACUUGUUUAAAAAAAUAUCGAGCCUAAAGGAACAAUUUAAAUAUUUUUCUCAUCUCGCUGAACAUCUGGAUUUGGUAGCUAACAUACCAGUAAGAAAUAUUGGAACUUUGGCUGGCAAUCUGAUGAUAAAGCAUGCCCAUCCAGAAUUUCAAUCAGAUAUAUUUUUGAUAUUGGAAACGGUCAAUGCAAGUAUUGUUAUUGCUGAUCCCUCUGGAACUGAAAUUAUCACUUCUCCAGCUUUAUUUCUAAAAACCAAUAUGAGCAAAAAAGUAAUCAAAAAUAUUAUACUACCAGGAUAUGAUAGUUCAUAUGUAUAUAAAAGCUACAAAAUAAUGCAAAGGGCUCAAAACACUCCAGCAGUGGUAAACGCAGGCUUUCUCUUGAAAAUUAACAGUGGUGUGGUAAAAAGUGCCCGAAUCGUAUAUGGAGGAAUAAACCCUAAUUUCAUACAUGCCACAAAAACGGAAGAAUUGUUGAUCAAUAAAAAUUUGUUUGACAAUGAAACGCUAAAACAAGCGCUUCAUUCGUUGAGUGCUGAAAUCAAUCCCGAUCAUGUUUUACCUGAUGCCGAUCCGAAGUAUAGAAAGGAAUUGGCCAUUGCUUUGUUUUAUAAGUUUGUAUUAAAUAUUGCUCCCGCUAAAUCUGUAUCAGAUAAGUACAAAUCUGGAGGUAAAUUAUUGGAAAGGCCGGUGUCCUCAGGAUCCCAGGAAUUUACUCAGGACAAAAAUAUAUAUCCUGUGUCAGAAAAUGUUGGUAAAAUAGAAGCUUUAGCACAAACUUCAGGGCAAGCUGAUUACAUAGAAGAUAUACCAGAUCUUCCCGGUCAACUAUUUGGUUCCUUCGCUGUGGUAAAAGCCCCUGCAGGCUCAGUUAUCACCAAAAUAGACUCAUCAAAAGCUUUAAAACUCGCUGGGGUUGUCAAAUUUUUGGGCAAAGACGAUAUUCCGGGCAAAAAUAUUUGGUCGCCUACGAACACCUUGAUAUUUUUUGCGGACGAAUACCUAUUUUGCGAAGGUACCGUUUUGUACUUCGACCAACCUGUUGGGAUUGUGGUGGCCAACAGCCAAGAGUUGGCCGACCAGGCCGCAGAAUUGAUAGAAGUUACAUGCACUCCUCCCAAAUCGAAACCCUUGUUAGACAUCAGGGAUGUUUUGAAAGCUCCCGAAGACGAAAAGAAGAAAAGGGUCUCCCAUCAGACCGACUUUGUAAGGAAAACAUCUGGGAAUGAUGUUAGAAAGGUGGUCAAGGGGGAUUUUUACAUCGGUAGUCAGUAUCAUUUCCACAUGGAGACGCAAGUGUGCAAUGUGGUUCCUGUAUGCGAUGGUUUGGAUGUCUAUGCUUCCACUCAGUGGAUGGACUGCAACCAAAUUGCCAUUGCUACCGUUUUGAAUCUUAAAAAUACACAAGUCAACUUAAAGGUGAAACGCCUGGGCGGCGCGUUUGGCGCAAAAAUAAUGCGCAACGCUCCCGUGUCGUGCGCAACCGCGUUGGCAGCUCACUUGCUUAGGAAACCGGUAAAAAUGCGCAUGUCCUUCGAGAAAAACAUGCGAAUACUUGGCAAACGUUUCCCGUGCUACGUGGACUACGAAGCCGGCGUAAACAGUACCGGAAUUAUUCAGUACCUAAACGCAAACAUUUACUCUGAUUUUGGCGUAGGUGCAAACGAACCUAUAGAUCUCCUUAUAGUUGACAUGUUCCAAAAUGGAUACAUUUGCGAUACCUGGCAGUUUUCCACUUAUGUCGUAACCACCGAUAAGCCCCCGAAUUGUUACACCAGAGCACCCGGCACUAAGGAAGGGUUGUGUGCCAUUGAAUCCAUCAUGGAGCACAUUGCUUCGUCCAUUGGGGUGGAUGCGUACGAGAUGAAAAUGGCAAACACAGACAAAACCAAGCAUUCCAUGCUUGUUGAUUUUACUAAGGAAAUGAUGGCAUGGGGUGAUAUUGCGAAAAGAAAGCAAGACAUUCAAAAGUUUAAUGAGGCUAACCGAUGGACAAAAAGGGGUAUUUCCCUAACACCAAUGGCGUAUAUAUUGGAGGUAGCCGCAAAUUAUGUUUCUUUGGUAUCAAUUUUCCAUGGAGACGGUAGUGUGGCCAUUGCCCAUGGUGGCGUGGAAAUGGGUCAGGGUAUCAAUACCAAGGUCGCCCAAGUAGCAGCUUACAAGCUAGGAAUACCCAUGGAACUUAUUCAGGUCAAAGCUUCGAAUUCCAUGUGUAAUCCAAAUAAUACGGCAACAGGUGGAAGUUUGACUAGCGAAGCUGUGAGUUAUGCUGUGACAAAAGCUUGCGAUAUUUUGUUGGAGAGAAUGGCACCAAUUAAAAAGAAAAUGACCAAUCCCAAAUGGUUAGAUGUGGUAAAAAGUUGUUUUGAAAACUCCGUUAAUUUAUCUGCAAAUUCUUUCUACUCUCCAUUGGAGCCCUCCAUUAAGCAAUACCUUAUCUACGGACUCGCGGCAGCAGAAGUCGAAGUGGAUAUUUUGACUGGGAAAAACGAAAUUCUUCAGGUGGACAUACUGGAGGAUGUUGGCCAAAGCAUGAAUCCAUUGAUAGACGUCGGACAACUGGAAGGUGCUCUUGUUAUGGGCAUCGGUUAUUAUUUAACUGAGCAAAUAAUUUACAACGAAAACGGCCAAAUUUUAACUGACAGAACUUGGACUUAUAAAGUGCCCGGCCCUAAAGACAUUCCUGUUAAGUUCAGGGUUAAGUUCCCUCCCAAUGUUAAGCAUGAUUAUGGAGUGUUACAAUCAAAAGCUAUUGCAGAACCACCAUCUUGCUUGUCAGCUGCAAUCCCACUGGCUAUUAGAAAUGCAGUAGCUUCAGCUAGAAAAAACGCAGAUCCUACUAAACCAUUGUGGUAUCCCUUUGAUGGCUGCUCAUCAAUUGAAAAUACAUUCCUUAAUAGUUUAAACGAUUUUACACAAUAUAAACUAAAUUAAUAUAAUGUUAUA